AUGUUUUUCAGCAGGCUCGAUGACUCGCCCAUGUUCAGGAAACAGAUGCAAUCACUUGAAGAAGGGGCUGACUUGCUAAGAGAGAGAUGUUUAAAGUUUCACAAAGGUUGUCGAAAAUACACGGAAGGACUAGGGGAAGCAUAUGAUGGAGAUAUUGCAUUCGCAAGUUCACUUGAAACAUUUGGAGGGGGUCAUAAUGAUCCAAUCAGUGUUGCAUUUGGAGGGCCUGUAAUGACUAAAUUUACAAUUGCUUUGAGAGAAAUUGGAACAUACAAGGAAGUAUUGCGCUCCCAGGUUGAGCAUAUGCUAAAUGACAAGCUGCUCCAGUUUGUGGAAAUUGAUUUACCUGAAAUGAAGGAUGCUAGGAAACAUUUUGACAAGGCUACCCUUCUUUAUGACCAGGCACGUGAAAAGUAUUUGUCCUUGAAGAAAGGUACAAGGACUGACGUAGCAACUGCAGUAGAGGAUGAGCUUCACAGUGCCAGGUCUUCAUUUGAGCAAGCUCGUUUCAAUCUGGUGACUGCACUUUCAAAUAUUGAGGCUAAGAAAAGGUUUGAAUUUUUGGAGGCUGUUAGUGGGACAAUGGAUGCUCAUCUUCGUUAUUUCAAACAAGGAUAUGAACUACUACAUCAGAUGGAACCGUAUAUCAAUCAAGUUCUUGCUUUUGCACAACAAUCAAGAGAAAGGUCUAGCUAUGAGCAGGCUGCUCUUCUUGAGAGGAUGCAAGAGUUCAAACGGCAAAUUGAUCGUGAAAGUCGGUGGUCACCAAAUGGAAUGAAUGAUUCCCCUAACGGUGAUGGAAUACAAACAAUUGGUAGAAGUUCGCAUAAGAUGAUUGAGGAAGCAAUGCAAUCAGCUUCAAAGGGCAAGGUUCAGACCAUUCGCCAAGGCUAUCUCUCUAAAAGAUCUUCAAACUUGAGAGGUGAUUGGAAAAGGAGGUUCUUUGUCCUCGACAGUCGAGGAAUGUUAUACUAUUAUCAUAAGCAGAACAGUAGACCAUCUAGUGGUUAUUCUAACCAAAGAACUAGCAUUCCCUCAGAACAUGGUUCUGGGUUGCUCAGCAGAUGGUUCUCUUCUCAUUAUCAUGGAGGCGUGCAUGAUGAGAAAUCAGUUGCACGCCAUACUGUAAACUUGCUAACAUCGACCAUUAAAGUUGAUGCAGACCAAUCAGAUCUACGGUUCUGCUUCAGAAUAAUUUCUCCCACAAAGAACUAUACAUUGCAGGCAGAGAGUGCAAUGGAUCAGAUGGAUUGGAUUGAAAAAAUUACUGGCGUCAUUGCUUCUUUGCUGAGCUCCCAAUCCCCUGAACGACGUCUUCUAUUGAGUCCUAAGGGCAGCAGCCAUCAUCGAACUGCCAGCUCAAGCAGUUCAUUCAGUAGCUCAACAGAACUUGAACAUUCAAUAAAUGAAGAUUGUAUGCUGGAAAAGAACUCAGGAGUGCAUCACCGAACAAGCAUGAUGAAACCUGACAAGCCAAUUGACUUGCUUAGGAAGGUGGCUGGUAAUAAUAGCUGUGCUGAUUGUGGUGCUUCAGAGCCUGAUUGGGCAUCCCUGAACCUUGGAGUUCUUCUAUGCAUAGAGUGUUCUGGGGUACACAGAAAUAUGGGUGUGCAUAUAUCUAAGGUAAGAUCCCUGACGCUUGAUGUCAGGGUUUGGGAGCCAUCUGUAAUCAAUCUCUUUCAGUCAAUAGGCAACACGUUUGCCAAUACUGUCUGGGAAGAAAUGUUACCUUCAUCAAGCUGUGUUGACCAUGGUGAUAUUUCAAGGGCUGAUGGAUUAGAGAACAUGUCGCAUGGCUUUGCACCCAGCAAGCCUAAACAAUCUGAUUCUAUCGCAGUGAAGGAGAAAUUUAUUCAUGCCAAGUAUGCUGAAAAGGAUUUUGUCGGAAACAUAAUGUCGAUGAGAUUCAACUUGCAGAACAGAUGUGGGACAAUAUGUUUUGACCGCAAUCCACUUGAGAAGGGUUCUACUGGGGAUUCUGUUUCUCCUGCCAGCACAAGUGCCCGUAUAGAUGGGUUGGAUGAUUAUGUUGAAGGAUUAUCUUUGCUUCAUCUAGCAUGUCGUGCUGCGGAUCUGGGCAUGGUUGAACUACUCUUGCAGUACGGUGCCAAUGUAAAUUCUGCAGAUUCAAGAGGGCGGACACCACUUCAUCACAGCAUCAUGAAAGGGAGACAUGUGUACGCCAAGCUACUGCUUUCCAGGGGCGCUGAUUCUCAAGCCGUGGACCGAGAUGGUAGAACAGCGUUACAGUAUGCAAUCGACAGCGGAACCAUAGAGGACGAAGAGAUCCUUGUUUUGUUAGAGGACCCAAUGUACAUUGGGAAGUGGGAAGUGGUUGCCAUUGUUGUGACAGAUGUACAUACAGCGAUGUCUGAUUCAGAUCUCAAUCUCGUCACCCCCGAGAACGCGUCGUCGUCCUCGUCCUCGCCGAUCAGGGCGUCGCUGGCAGGGCCAGGGAAACCGAACCCCGGCUGGAUGCGUCGAUGCCCGGAGUUUAAUCGCAAGUGCAGCCGUGCAGGCAUCAGCCAUGCCGCCGCAUGCGCCGACCCCCGAGCACAGGCGAGCAGCAGCAAGGUCUUGGAAGGAUGCGAGAGGCCGGCUGCCUCAACGUGUACGAGCAUGGCGUACAAGAACACGCCGAAUCGCCAAACCGUGGCUGGUCUAAUGGUACCGCCGGAGCGUGUUGACAACACGGCGGGGGGCGAUUAA